UUAACUUUGUAAGGAUGCGUGUUUACUUAUAAACCACUGCACUGCUACAGUCAAGUGAGUGAGUGUGAGAGGGACAGCGGCAGCAGCAGCAAGUGUCAUCUGGUCUUCCAACUUGGGGAGGGCUUUGGAGUUUAAAAUGGUGUGAAUAUGAUAGCCAUGGGUAGGCUGUAGCUUAUGCAAGAGGGGAUCUGUCUGCACCAUUGAAAGCUGACAGUUCAGAGGCACUAAUCUGACAAAAAAAGACUGUGUAAAUCAACAACAGCUCAACGAUUUUGGAUUUCAACAAAUACAACUGCUGGGAUUUGGUGAGUGUAAGGGGGACUUUUCCUGAAACUGCGGCGGCUGCAUGAGAAAGAGAGUUUGGAGGACGCACGGGCAAAAGGGCAAGAGGAAGGCACCGAGGGGGUGAGUGACGGAUUUACCCUCGGAGGGGUAAAAAAGAUGACUGUGGUGUCCCAGGAGAACCACGACGAGACUGUGGUUGUGACUCCUCUGUUGCAAGAUGCUGCUGACCUGGAACCAGCGGACCAGGAAUGCAGCGAGAGGGUGAUCAUCAACAUCUCGGGCCUGCGUUUUGAGACGCAGUUAAAGACCCUCUCCCGCUUCCCGGCCACGCUUUUGGGAGAUCCGCGUAAAAGGAUGCGUUUUUUUGACCCGCUGAGAAACGAAUACUUCUUUGACAGGAACAGGCCGAGCUUUGACGCAAUCCUCUAUUAUUACCAGUCAGGAGGACGGCUUCGGAGGCCCGUAAGCGUCCCUGUGGAUAUUUUCCUGGAAGAAAUAAGGUUUUAUGAAAUUGAGGAAGAGGUCAUUGAGCUUUUCCGAGACGAUGAGGGCUUGGCGAGGGAAGAGGAACGACCGAUGCCUAAUAACGAGUUUCAGCGCCAGUUUUGGCUCCUGUUUGAGUAUCCAGAGAGUUCCGGACCCGCACGGAUGAUUGCCAUCGUAUCAGUCAUGGUUAUCUUAAUCUCCAUUAUUAUAUUCUGCUUGGAGACUUUACCCGAGUUCAGAGAAGUCCCCGCGGUGGAAGACAACCACGUCAAUGGAAGUGCUCAAGGCAAAACGCCCAGUCCGUUCACAGAUCCGUUUUUCAUGGUGGAGACGCUUUGCAUUGUGUGGUUCUCUUUUGAGUUCACCAUGAGAUUUCUCUCCUGUCCCAGUAAACCAGCUUUCUUCAAAAACAUCAUGAACUUGAUCGAUGUUGUGGCUAUAGCGCCUUAUUUUAUCACCCUCGGCCUUGAUCUUGCAGAGCAUCAGGGCAGCAGUCAGCAGGCUGCGUCUUUGGCCAUACUGAGGGUCAUCCGUCUGGUGCGUGUUUUUAGGAUUUUUAAACUUUCCAGACACUCCAAGGGUCUCCAGAUUCUCGGCCAGACGCUCCACGCAAGCCUCAGGGAGCUGGGCCUGCUCAUAUUCUUCCUGAUUAUUGGCGUUGUUUUAUUCUCCAGUUCUGUUUAUUUUGCAGAAGCAGAAGACCCCGAUUCUGGAUUUGCAAGUAUACCUGAUGCGUUUUGGUGGGCUGUGGUGACAAUGACCACAGUUGGAUACGGAGACAUGUGUCCCUCCACCAUUGGGGGGAAAUUCGUUGGAUCUUUGUGCGCCAUCGCCGGAGUGCUAACUAUAGCUUUACCUGUCCCUGUUAUAGUGUCAAAUUUCAAUUAUUUCUACCACAGAGAAAACGAGGAGGAGGAAAAUGUUCAGUAUGUACACGUGACUUGCGGACAGCCGCAGCAGCAGCAGCCCUCCUUUGGUGAAUGUGAUUCAACCAAAAGUAACCCAUCACUCUCCAUAACUGAAUCCUAUCAGGAAAGUGACGACAUGGAAACUCUGACGCACCCAAAAGCACAGCCAGUGGAAACGUAUACAGGGAAACUGACAGAUGUAUAAAACGCACCGUUGGAGGGCGGUUUUUAAUUCUGGAGGCAGACGAUUAAAGUGAAGCUUGUUUCCCCCCUCAGAGUCGCAACAAAAUGCACGAGUGGAAUUGUCUUCUUCUGCAAAAAAACAUUGGAUCAUUCUCUCACGGUUAUUCGUUUGGGAAAAUGUUCACCCAGCCUUAUUGGACAUUGUGUGUAUCACCAGUAGAAAAGGAAAAAUCAACAUUCUCUUGUGUAGGCUUUAUAAUUGACCACGCUUUCUUUGUACAAAUGCCUUGUGUAUACUGCAUUUUUGUAAUUCUGAAUUUUCCCCUUUCUUAUGCAGCUUAUUACGCAAAGUUGAAACCGCAACUUCCGUGUUGUUACAAACAUUCAGAUUGCAUUGCAGCUCGCUGUAAACAACAUAACCCAGAACAUUACGAUGCAAUGUCUGCAUGACAUGAACUCAUUGUGAAUUAUGGAUGUAAUAAAAUAUUUAUUUUUCUAAUUUAAACAUGUAUGUGAACUUAACUUAAUCCUUUUUUAUAAAUAAAUUAUGA